AUGGACGUCUCCAUUGAGUCUCCCUCCACCAACGCCCCCGGCUCCGUCGAUGGCUUUGACGAGGACAACCAGGAAGACUACCUCGACGUCGACAUCCCAGAGCUCAACUUUCCUCCCUUCCCCAAACUUCCUUCCGCACUUACUGUGGUCUCGUUCGAUCAGUUCGAGCACAAGGGAGUAUGGACCAAGGCUGGACUCGUCAACAGCGAAGCAGGUCCCUCGCAACCGCACGACGCCCUCGGCGUUCCCCUUGUGGCUAUGGAAAGACCGUACACGGGUAUCAAUCACACUUUUGAAGAACGUGAGGCACACAAAAAGGAGAAGCGCAAGGCUGCGACAGAGCGCAAACGAGACUUUCCCAUUACUCUGCCCAACGGCCCGAAGACCAAGAGCCAGUCCCCGCGCUUGGAUCCUGAGGACUGCUGGAAGAUCGGAGACCCAAACUCUGAUUGGGUGGAGCCCUCUGUUACCAGUACGGUAAAAAUUGACGUUUCCAUACCGCCAUUCACGCGUCUGAUCAAUGCCACCCGAGAAUUCAUCCUCUCUCGUGACGCCGUGAUUCAGUCCCGGAAGAACAGGCACCUGUUUGGCAUUUUACGUGACCAGCUUCGCAUUCGAAGUCUCUUCCUUGGCCGUCACUGGCCCGGGUCCGGUCCCAAUGCAGCUCUCUACCCCCUCAGGAAACGCCGUUAUGUCGACGAUAAUGCGCCAACACUUCUUCCAACCCCAAAGGGUGUGCGAGUGGACGAGGCGUGCGUGUUGUUGAGGGACCCGGAGAGGAGUGUUCGGAGGCUUUUGACACUUGCAAGGAUGAAGCUUGACAGUCCAUGGAAUGAAGAACCUGUCCUCGACUUUCUUGAGAUCGCCGCCGCCUACUUUUCUUACAUUGCCCACUACAACGUUUUCCCCGAAGCCAACUUGCACAAUUCCUUCAAGAAAGUCGCUUCCAUUGCUCGUUCGGCUUCAAAGAAAUGGAAAGAAGCCACCCAGCUGGAAGGCAUCGUGACCAAGCAAGAUGGCUGGAACAGAGCCUGUUGGGCUGUCUGGGGCGGAGAGUUCAGUGGGCCUGAGGAGAUGGGACCGGAGAAGCCGGCGGAGGUAGAGGGACAGGUAGCGCAGGAGGAGCCACAAGAAGAGGAUGACGAAGACGCGGUUACAUGGACAGUUGAACCCAUCGUCGAUAAAAGGCCUUCUGCUCCUACUCUCAAUGAAGUGCUUCCUAUCGUCAAAGACCUUCUCUCCCCUCGCUCCCACUCCAACAUUCGCCUCCUCCGAAGCAUCCCUUAUGCUAGCCGAAUCAUCGUCGCUGUCUUGCCACCUCUCCCUGCCGGUUCCGACGCGCCUCGAUUUUCCACUCAGCUUCACCGCUUGGUCACUAUCAAAUCUCCCGCUGCUAGCAACCAGGAGGAAGACAAGGAGCCGGAUGAGAUCGUGGUAUGGGUCGAGGGGGAUGGUCUGAUGGUCAAUGGGGGUAACCAACUGGUGGGAAUGGUAUUGCAGGGGAGGUGGGGAUUGUUAGGUGAGGAAGAGGACCAGGAGGGGUCGUGGUGGGCUUUUAAAGCGAGGCAUUGCGUUCUUCCGGCCAUCUAA